GUCUGUGGGGCGAACCUCGCCGGGUGAUUCGCUUCGGGUGUGUCGCCACCUGGAUGGCCCUCAUAUUCGUGGCACCGAAAACCUGCCUCGAGUACGGUGGCGAAGGGUUCGAUUCGUUCGCCCGGGGAACCGCCGAGUUGAUCUACUUUACCGAUUUCAUCUCAUCGAUGGUGCUGUUUGCCUUUCGGCGCAAGUCCUACGUCCGGAUGAUCACCAUGCUGCAGGAAACCUUUCGGGCACUGGCCGAUCCGGCUCAACCGACCAGCUGUGUGACCGCGAUCACCAGCUUCAACGGGCGGAUCUUCAGAUACUCCCGAAUUUACGCCUGCUUCAUCGGAAGUUGCUUCAUUUUCUACAUCCCGUUGCCCAUGACGGCCACAUUCCUAAACUACUUCUCCGCUGGGAACGAAACCGAAGCGGUCGAGUUCGUACUUCCUCUAGAGAAUAAAUUCUACGGCUUGGACACCCGACGCAACAUCGUCCACUACCUAAUCUACAUGGCUAUGCUAACACCCGCGGUCUGCGGUUCGGCGUGCCUCAGCAUCGUCAAGGGCACGGUCCUGUUUACAAUCAUCCGCUACGGGGCCACCCUGUUCGAGCUGGUUUCGCUGAAAAUAGAAGACUUGGGCGAUCCGAACAAUUUCCGCGAUUGGGAUGACCUCGAAGCGCAGCGCAAACGCCACGAUCGCCUCCAGGAAAUAAUCGCCCUGCACCAGACGGCGCUGGAGUUCGCCGACCUGCUCGAGAACACGAUGCAGCACAUUCUACUUUCCCAAUUUGUCAACUGUUUGCUCAUCUCGUGUCUGAUGAUGUUCUACAUCUCGAGUACGUACGGCCCGAAUGUCGUCAAUAUGGUAAUCUUGUUCGCCGUCCUCAUGGUGGAAGUGUUUGCGUACUGCUUCAAUGGAGACGAGCUAAGCGAAAAAGCGGCAGCGGUUGCAAACUCGAUCUACAACUAUCCCUGGUACAAGGAACCGACCCCAGUUCAGAAGGCGAUCCAGCUGAUGAUUCUUCGAUCGCAGCGCAAGAUCGGAAUAACGGCGGCCAAGUUCUAUUUCGUCGACAUUGGACGAUUUGGGGUGGUGGUCCAGGCGUCGUACUCAUACUAUCUGAUUCUGAAGGAGAGAUUUUAGGUUGUGAAAUUAUGAUGCACGCAGA